CUUCACCAGAUGUCGAGGUGACGCCAUUAGAAGGUAGCGAAAGCCCGGAGUACACUACCCUGGGCUGCUGGAGGGACACAUCUGACCGCGCCAUUACGAUCCUCGAGGGGACAGAUCUGCGGCUAGAUGGCAGCAACUAUCACGAACGUACCCGCGCCAUUGAGAAGUGUUACCAGGUAGCACUGUCUCUGGGUUAUGCCGUGUUUGCUGUCCAGGAUGGCGGGCAGUGUUUCGGGUCUGCUGACGGCCACAACACCUACAACAAACACGGGCCUUCCACAGCCUGCGCUGCGGACGGCGAAGGCGGGCAAUGGGCAAACCAAGUCUACAAGAUUAAAGAAAGCUUCCCCGCAGCGUGUCUGAUGGACCCGUCGCAGCGAGAGAAUUGCGGCUGGUCGGGCAUCACCCCUCAUGAGUGCCAUCAGAAAGGAUGCUGCUAUGAUUCCUCAAUACGAUUAAUACCAUGGUGCUACAACAAAGUGAAGUGGCGCAACGACUGGCGUUGCGGUCCGGGUUACCCUGCAGAGAAUGGUCACCCCGCUGAAUGUGACCCUGACGGGGGAGGGCCAUGCUGCUCCACGGCAAACUGGUGCGGCAACACGCCAGACCACUGUGACUGUCAGGGCUGUGUCGACUACAGGGACAUUAACGGCACAGGUAUCAAUGUCGCACAAGGGAAGAGAGCGUACCAAACAAGCAUAAUGGAGAUAUGGCAUGGUGAUGCCAGCCGUGCCGUAGACAGGAACACCGAUGCCAACUACCAUGCUGGUUCCUGUACACACACUGUAGAUGGUCAAGGAGAGACUGAUCCAAGCUGGUGGGUGGAUCUUCGUCAAUCGUAUAUGGUUAGCAGAGUAGUCAUCUUCAACCGCAUGGACUGUUGUUCGGAACGACUCAACCCCUUCAACAUCCACAUCGGGGAUUCCGACCAAGUCAGCGAGAACCCCAAGUGUGGUGGUGAUCAUCGAAUCGACGUGAGCCGACCGUCCAUUUCCGUCUCGUGUCAUGGGAUGAAGGGGCGCUACGUGGGCGUUCGUCUCCCCGGACCCGCCCGGAUACUGACCCUGUGUGAAGUCCAAGUCUUUUCGGAUCCUUUGAGGUGGCGCCACGACUUGCGUUGCGGUCAGGAUUACCCUGCAGGGAACGGUCACCCCGCUGAAUGUGACCCUGACGGGGGAGUGCCAUGCUGCUCCACGGGAAACUGGUGCGGCAACACGCCUGACCACUGUGACUGUCAGGGCUGUGUCGACUACAGGGACAUUAACGGCACAGUGUCACCAAGCGGACAGCUUCCGGACCACGUCCAGACUUCCGCCACAGAAACCACCCAAAAAGAUGAUGAGCAGAUGCUACACCCAACUGACGAGGUCCAAUACCUUACAACUCCACUUGAGUAUCCUCCUCCAAAGACAACAAUUAGAUCAUCAGAAGAAUCAUGUCUGAGGGGUAAUGGAGCAUCCUACCGAGGAACAGUCUCUGUGACCAAAACAGGCAGGACGUGCCAGCGUUGGGACAGUCAGACACCUCACGAACACGAGCGGACCCCUGCUUGGUAUCCGUCGUCCGGACUGGAAGGGAACUAUUGCCGGAAUCCAGACGGCGAAGAAACCGUUUGGUGCUACACCACGGACCCCGACAAGAGAUGGGAGCUGUGUGACGUACCAAUGUGUGCUUCUGCCACCCCUGAAGUUUCCGGUUCGACGGAAGAAAGGAUCAGCUGUAUUGGAAGCACUGGGUACUGUCCGGGGUCUCACGUUACGGGAGCCAGGUGUGUUGAUGGGUUCUGCGAGUGCUCAAGUCCAAACUACCAGCGAUACACAUGCUUACCGGUUGUUGGGAGUUGUGCGAUAACACGCGGCUCUCCAGUCGCCCGAGCGGAGGCCUUCCUCGCUGCCGACCCGAUAGAGACCUUCAGCUGUGUCGCCGAUGAUAACAACGAGUAUGAAGUGCACGUACUGGCGGUGUACGAGGCGGUCGGACCCACAAGGGGUUUCCUGCAGGAUCCUACCGAGGCAGCUGAGAUGGAAGUGACCGUCAGUGCAGGCCAACUGUCCAAACCUCUGGUCUUGGUGUUCAGCUCGUACGAGGCCGUCAACUGGGUGCUCCACCUACCUGACGACAUCGAAGUGUACAGAGUGAUUUUGAUGGCAUACCAUGAGGACCAAAGUGACGUAACAGUGCAGGGUGGAGCUGUGGACGAUGUGCAGCGCCUGUCAGGUCGGACUGGGGCCGUUCCUGCGUGUGCUUAUGGAAAGGAUGACGGUGGCUGCAAGACGGUUGACCUGCUGGAAUACAUCCGUGCAGAGUUUGGGCCAGUUUCCUCUCUGACGGGUACAUACAAGGCAGGCAUGUGGGUCCUUGAAGUUGGAGCAUCUCCUGAGUGAGGGGAUCUCGAAACUCCGCCAGCGUCGCUCCAUGAGGAAACUUAGUCAUCAUCCGACCCCUGCAGUAAGAUAAAAGUGACAUCUGGCAAGGAUGAUUGAUCUGUAGAUCUGGAAUUAAUGAAUUAUCGAUUUUAUCGAUUGUUAUGACCAGUUUAAAGGCUUUUAUUAUUCUUACACAGUGUGUGUUAUGCACCAUGGUUUCCACUGUUUUUAAAUUUUCUUCAAGUUUUAUGCAUCACUUUUUAUUGUGCACAAUCACAAGGCACAUUAACUCAUGACGAUGAUAAGGUACCUUAAAUAUGGUAUCAUAAAGAAGUACACAAAUGAUGUCACCAGUGCACUAUUGUUUGACUUUGUCAUCUACAACUGUGAUAAUUUGAAC